UAAAAACAGAACAGGCAGGAAUAUCCUAUCCUCAGUGAAUGUGAACCAACUACAGGUGAUAGAUAGAUAGAUAGAUAGAUAGAUAGAUAGAUAGAUAGAUAGAUAGAUAGAUAGAUAGAUAGAUAGAUAGAUAGAUAGAUAGAUAGAUAGAUAGAUAGAUAGAUAGAUAGAUAGAUAGAUAGAUAGAUAGAUAGAUAGAUAGAUAGAUAGAUAGAUAGAACCAGCGCUUAAAGGAAAUCCUGUUUUCUUACGAGACUGCUUUGUAAUGGCUGGUCUGAGCUAAACCUGCCUUGCUUCUGUGGUGUUCCUAAAGCGGCAGAGAAUAUUAUCAUUCCAAAACACAAAAAUAACUCUGUGCAAGAGGAAGACACGUGUUUGGUGCGCCAAGGAGACAGCAAGGCAUGCGAUAUCGCCAGAGCCUCUCUCACAUUUUUCAAGAGCAUAGAAGCAUGCAGCCCGGGUGAGCGGCUGCGGCGUGACAGCCCACUUCAAGAGACCCCAAAGACGAUCAGAAGAUGAAGCCAGGUUGCUGCGUGCUCUGAAAUGCCCGGCUCCUCUCCUGUCUCUGUCCUAUGACCUUUCCAUCCCGCCCUCCAGCCAAGAGUCGCCUGCCACCAUGGUUCAUACCGAAGGCAACGCUCUGCUGAAAGCUGUUUGGCAAGGCAAAUUCCGGCUUACCCGCUUGCUGCUAGAGGGAGGGGCCUACAUUAAUGAGGGCAACACGCAGGGAGAGACCCCCCUCAUUGCUGCCUGCAUAGCCCCCUAUGAGGACCCACAGAACAAGCCCCGCAUGGUGAGGUACCUCCUGGAGAAUGGAGCUGACCCAAACAUUCCUGAUAAGACGGGGAAGUCCGCACUGAUGCACGCCUGCGCCGAUGGAGCUGGGGCGAAGGUAGCCACCAUCUUACUGGAUCAUGGGGCAGAUCCCAGCGCCAAGGAUUAUUCGGGGGCGUCGGCUUUGGUUUAUGCCAUCAACAAAGGGGACCGGGCAACAUUACAGGUACUGCUGGAUGCCUGUAAGGCUAAGGGGAAGGAAGUAAUCAUUAUCACCACAGAUACAUCCCCUUCAGGGACUAAGAAGACCAAGCAGUACCUGAAUUCACCACCAUCGCCAGGUAUCGUAGAUAAGCAUUCGCCUGCUCUGUGUAUGUCACCCUCGGACAUUGAGGUGAGGACCACCCAGUCCCCAGGAGGCAGUGAGAAGGAAGAGGAGCGAGACGUAUUCAACUUCACCAUGGCAACCAGACUCACUUGUAACCCCAUCCCCCAUGGCAAAGGGAAGGAAGGUGAGGAAAAAACCUCAGCCCUCCCACCCAAAGGCCGGCCCAAGCAGCUGAAAAGGCUGAACUCAGAGCCGUGGGGAUUGGUGGCUCCCUCAGUUCUGGCCGCUUCUCAUCAGGAAAAAGCUUGGACCCCAGAGGAGAGGAUGACGGCUGAGAUGAACGGGUUGAGCCUCUCCAAGAGGCCGCCCCUGUCACGGAGGCACAGCAUGGAAGGCCAAGAGUCAUCCUGCCUCAAAAUGGCUUCCCAUCAUGCAUCAGGAGACAACACCUUCAGCCAGGAAGCUGCGUGGGCGGAAAAAGUCCAUUUCAGCCACUUCCACCAGCCUGUCUCCCGGCACAGCACAGCUCCUGAAACCCCAGAGGGUGGCCCAGGUCCUGGCCCGCGGGGUGUGGCCCACCCCAAGCUGAACUGCCUGGAGCAUUACGAAUCCGAUUCCCUCUGCCCAGACUCCAUCCCUGGCUCACCCGAUUCAGGCCGUGUUUCUGUGGAGAGGAGGAAGUACAAUGCCUCUCCGCUGACUCUGCCAGCCAAUUCCUCGCGGGAGAGUUUGGAAAGCAUCCCCAACUCCGUCUCGCCCAACAUGAUACGACGCAGGACCCCGGGCCUCCUUGAGAGGAGGGGCUCUGGGACCCUGCUGCUAGAUCACAUCGCCCACACCCGCCCUGGCUUCCUGCCGCCUCUCAACUUCAACCCCCACCCUCCCCUUCGUGACAUCCGGCCCAACGGAAGGCCUCCCUCGCCAGUCCACAAAGGGCUGAUCCCGGUAGCCCCCUCUUCUCCAAAGGCCAAGCGGCUUCUGAGGAGGCACUCAAUGCAACCGGAACAGAUGAAGCAGCUGGUCAGUUUUCAGAGUCUGAUCACACCUGGGGACUCCGUGGCCAGUUAAAAAGGCUGGGACCGCCCCCCAAAAAGGCAAAACGGUGUUCCUGCUCUCUUUUGGCCUCCGAGCCCAUCCUGUCUUUGUAGUUGGGUCUCUGUGUCUUCCUCCUCUUCUCUCUCUUUGGUGUCCCAUCUCAUAGCCACCAUAUUUAUGAUCCUAGCUGAGCUUGGACACAGAGUUCCAGCCAACCAACAACAACUUCAGGGUGGAAGGAAUAGAUCUUUAAAUCCAUAUUGUUGGCAGGGGCAGGGGAUAUGCUGCACUUUGACAGUCUCUUCAUGUCUUCUAUGACCAGUGACCUUGCACAGUGUUGACUUAAAUCCUUUUGACAAGCAAGAACAGGUAGGGUGUUGGCUUCUCUGGUUGACCCAAUAGGCCUGUGGGAAAGCUGACAGCCAUCAUCUCCCAGAACUAUUGGCCACAAUAGGCAAGGUCAACUGAAGAAGUUGGUGGGUACUUGAAGGUGUUGCUCAGAUUCGGGAACUGAGCUUUGAGUGGAGUAGCCUCAAACCAAACUGAAUCAAGGCGGAAUCCAAAAUCACAUCUGGAAAGAAGCAUUUGGGGGUUGAUGUCUACAGCCAGAGUCUGGUUCCGAGCUUCUAGAAACACAUUCAUAGUAGAAAGAACAUCUUGAGCUAUAUCUGCUCCUGCCUCAAUCAUCACCAUAUUUAUCCCGAUGGAUUGUGUUGGUGUUGAGUUCUUCUGCUUGCUCUUGUUUUGGGAAGGGGCGGGUGGGUAGAGUACUGGAACCAAGACUUCUGGGCUGUGUGCCCAAUUCAGAGAGGGGACAGUUGUAGGAAGCUGAAAAUGGAGAUGCCUGGGCUCUGUUUGGAUCCCCAGGAAGGGGGUGUAAUGGAUAAAGCAGAGCUGUAACCUUGGAUUUGUAAUCCCUCUCUGGAUGGAAUGGGUCUACUUGGAUUGAUGGGUCUACUUGGAUUGAUGGGUCUACUUGGAUUGAUUCCCAGGUCAGGUGCAGACCCUGAAUAGUUAGCAUUCUUGUGGCCUGCAGCACACAUUUCAAAACAUACCCUAGCCUUCUGCAACUGUCAUGGCUCCCAGUCAAAGAAGCCUUGGGAUUUUGAAUGUUGUGAAAGUGCUGUUUUUCCUACCUACCUGUUUGGGUUUUUUGGAGCUUCUUGGGAAACCGUAAAGGCCCAGCUGCACAACAGCAUCGUUCCUGCUGGAACAUUUUUUCCCCUCAGUGCACAAAAUGUGUCUGGCUGCAGGUUGGAAGAAUGAGCUCCAGAGGGGAUGCUUUUGGCAUUUCCUCGCUCCUGUCACCUACACUACAAACUAUGUCAAAGCAUGACAUUGUGUCCUGCUCCUUCCCAGGGUGACACCAUUGUUCACAUUUUGAUCCAGGGGUAAUCACCCCUAUAUCUGGCUUUGUUGCUCCAAGGGGCAUAGAUGUAUCUGGGCACAAUUCAGCCCUUUUUCAGGGGCACAAAAGUUUGCACAUUGUUGGGAUAAUUCUCAGAGAAUUCCCUGCAGAAUACCCCAAGCGUCAAACCUUCAGGUUCUUUGAAAGGAAGCCUCGACAGUUCACCUGGCCAGAAAUUGGUUUACAUUUCGAAUAUAGAAACAGGGGGACAGUUUGGGAUGUGCUAACAUGGGCACUAAGCACCCCUGGAUCUUCCUUCCCCCUGUUUCCAUGUGCCUCAGUUCCUCCAUUCUGCCAAAUGUGGCUCUUGAUACCGACUUGUGUCUGUAAAUGACUUUGAUCUCUCAAGGGAUAGGACAGCAAAAGCUGUCGGGAGUGUUGAUUAUGAAUGUACUUUCUGUUCCUUCCCAGGCUGAGUAGUCUAGACAAAGCAAUAGAACUUGGACAACACUUGAAGUUAACCCCUUCCAACCCUCGGCCUCUUCCAGACGCUCUCCAAGGUGCUGAAUGAGCCAGUUCUCUUGGCACAGAGUGACAGCAGGAAGGCGGACCACAUUAAGGCUGAAAGGCUUUCAGGCCACUCACACGCACACUCGGUGUUUUUCCAAGGAGAGUUUGUGUCAUGUUCGCUGCAUGGACACUCCGAGGGCGGCUCCUGAAAGAGUGCACGCCAUCAUCCAUGCCUCAUUCAUUGCACUAGUGACUUUUGUUUCUCUAUCCCACAAUUGUUGCCCAUCAAAAAAAUUGUGCCAAACACACUCUCGUUCUCCCAGCCCUGCACUGCUGAAUUGGCUUGGGAUUUACCUUUUUUUAAAAGGGUGGUCAUCACCUCUCCCCAUCCCAUCUAUUGUACCCAUUCUUUCUCAAGGCCUAUGUCAGGCUCUUACCCACCAAACUGAUCUUGCACCUCAUUUACAGAAGUUGCAUUCUUUCUUCACAUUCUAUGCCGGUCAUUUCUGCAUGGUCAAAAUAUUCUGGGCUGGGCAAGAAAAAUAUCCCUGUGCAGCCAAGAAUUCUGCACAGUUACCGGUCCUAAAGCAGGUUUGUCCCGCAAUAUUUCCCUCAUCCGUAUCAGAAAACUGCCAAAUUGGUGGUUCUUUUAAAAAAUUCCUGGGUGAGCCCGCUAGAGCCUGCUACAGUGUGAACACGAAUCGGGUUUGUUUUUCCCGCCCAGCCGCCUGAUCUCCCUGCCUGAUGUUCAUUCAAGCUGCCACUCAAAAACAACAGCCAAUCAGAA